AAGAGAAGAGAGAGAGAGAGAGAGAGAGAUCCCACCCGUUGACAACAAUGGCUACAAAACCCUGUAUCGUCGGUCAAGUCUGGGUACACUGCCACCAUUGCUAGUCUUGCGCUCUGGCCUGUUAAAUAAAAAAUCUCAUUUAUUUCCGAUGAAUAUUCACAAUCUUUUUGAUAUGACCUAUAGGAUUUAAUAUUCAUUGGGUGGUUAUUUAAACAGUUCUACUUUCCCAAACAUAGAUGAUCUUUAAAUUGUCAUAGGAGCAAAGGACAUUGGAUUUUCUUACUGGUAAUUGACGUUAGAGACAGAAGGCGGCAGUGGGGUUUUACUCUUACGGUUUAAUAUAAUGGUUAUUUAAAAAGAGAGAUUUGUCAUUAAUUGUAAAAUUGGCCGUUGAAGUCUAGUGUCUAUGUUAGUAUUCUUUUGUUUAGCACCUGUAUUAAUUUGCUAUUGCUGACGCCUCACCUAAGCUUGAAGGUUUGGUUCCAUAAUUAUUUGUAAUUUUUUAUUUUUUUAUACAAACUAGUCUAUUAUGGAUAUUAAACCUUUCAAUUUCAUGUUGGACAGUGGACAUAUAUUAUAUUGCUUUGGUAGUUGGCAUCAAAAUGGCAAUUUUAGUCAUAAUUUUUAAUGUGAGUAAUUGUUUUAUUUGCACUGAAUAAUAUGUGAUGUUCCUGUUCAUCAUGCAGGGAUACAUUUUCUCAACCUCCAUGCACUUUAAUCCAACCAUCAAUGCAGGCAUUAGCAAAGGAUUAUCAGCAUAUUCCUAACUUUGCAAAGGACUUCUCUCCCCCAAUAUAUCCGCUGGGAGAUAAAUAUUGGCAAGCAAAUGAGGCUGCCCCAUUUAUAAGUAUCCAUUCUCUGCAGGUGACGCCCUCGCCAGCUCCUCCACUGUUUGCUUCACAGACAGUAAUAUCUUGCCUGCCUCUUCUGAUCCAUCUUCAGGAGGAGUCUUGUUUGAGAAUAUGUUCCUUUUUAGCUGACGGAAUUGUAGUCAAUUCUGGCUCCAUCUUGCCAGAUUAUUCCAUCAAUUCUCUUAUGUUCACUCUAAAAGAACUAGAUCUUACAGUUCCAUUGGACUUUGCAAAGGCAGGUAAUAAUGCCUGCAGUGGUGAUACUGCUUUCCAGGAUUUGUUUGCUGAAGCUAAGCUUCACAUUGAAAAUCUGUUUUUUUCUGAAUCACCUGCACUAAGUAUGAGCGUGCUUGAUUUGGAGAAGGAUCCUGCUUGUUUCUGCCUCUGGAGUGAUCAACCUAUUGAUGCUAGCCAGAAAAAGUUGUCUGCUGGAGCUUCUUACGCAAGUUUGUCUCUUGAAACAUCUGAAGAUGCAGAUGGUCAGCAAAAUUCUUCUAGUUCAUCUUUGGGAUCGUGGAGGUGUGUUGAGGUGAAAGAGGCUUGUGUUGAGGUAGCUAUGGCGACUCUAGAUGGCAGCGUGUUGGUUCAAGUUCCUCCUCCCGGGGGCAUUGUGAGAUUUGGUAUUGCCUGUAAGCAAUAUUGCUCUAAUGCUUCUGUUGAGCAGUUGUUUUUCAUCCUGGAUCUUUAUGCAUAUUUUGGAAAAGUAAGUGAAAGGAUAGCAUUAGUAGGAAAGAGUAAUAAAUCGACAAUUCAGAGAACUGAAUCAUGGAAUGAUGAGCUGAUUUCUAAGGCUCCCAGUGAUACUGCUGUGAGCUUUGCCAUAAAGGACCUUCAAUUGAAGUUUCUGGAGGAUUCAUGCAAGACUACACAGGGGAAGACUUUGGUUCAAUUUAUCGGGGAAGGUCUGUUCGUUAAAGUAGGUCAUAGAACCCUUGGCGGAGUCAUUGCUAUAUCAUCAAUUAUACGCUGGGAAACUGUGGAAGUGGAUUGUUUAGACGUGGAGGGUAAUUCUGUGCUUGGCAACAGCACAAUGUCAACUCCCUGUGCAAAUGGCUCUCUGAUUACUGCAAAUGGAUGUCCGCAGCUCAAAGCUGUGUUAUGGGUAGAGCGUAAAGGUCAGAGUCAGUUAAGUGGAAGAGCAAAGCAUGCUCCUUUCCUCGAUGUAAGUAUUGUGCAUGUUAUUCCUUCCCAAGCUCAGGAUGCUGGUUGUCAUAGCUUGAAUGUGUCCGCUUGUAUUAAUGGUGUUCGUUUGGGUGGAGGAAUGAACUAUGCUGAAGCCUUAUUGCAUCGAUUUGGAAUUCUUGGUCCUGAUGGGGGCCCUAGUGAAGGGCUUUUGAAAGGGUUGGAGAACUUGUCUGGUGGUCCACUGUCAAAAAUUUUCAAGGCACCGUCUCAUACUGUGGAUCAUGUGAAAGAAAAUGGAACAUGUGACAGUAGCCAUGAUAGUUUAUUCUCUCACCUGGGAAAGCCAAAUGAAGUGGAUGUGCUGGUUGAUCUGAGAAAUUGGCUGUUUGCUCUUGAAGGCGCACAAGAGAUGGUAGACAGAUCAUGGUUUGAUAACCAUGUAAAUACUAAUAGGGAAGAUAAGUGUUGGCAUACUACUUUUAAGAGCUUGAAGAUUAAGGCAAAGAAUACUCCAAAGGACCUAUUGAAUUGCAGUGUAAAGUCCAAUGGUGAUCAUAGAUAUCCUGUGGAACUGAUAAUGAUUGGUGUUGAAGGUUUGCAGAUGGUGAAACCUCAAGUCCAAACAAGCAUCCAUACAGUGGAGUUUCCUGUCAUUGCUAUUAAAGAAGCAGAUAUGAAGACAUUUGGAGGGGUAAAUGUUGAGGUUCAUAUGGUUGUCUCGGAAGAUGGUUUUGAUGAUGUAACAGACAACUGGAUGGUUGAAAACCUUAAAUUUUCUGUUGAGCAACCGAUUGAGGCUGUUGUUACCAAGAAUGAGCUGGAGCAUCUUGCCUUUCUUUGCAAAUCUGAAGUUGACUCUUUUGGAAGAGUGGCUGCCAGUGUUUUGCGACUUCUGAAACUGGAGGGUUCAAUUGGUCAAGCAGCUAUCAAUCAGUUGAGCAACCUCGGAAGUGAAGGCAUAGAUAAAUUUUUUAGCUCAAAACUGCUGACUCGGGGUGAGAAUGAUGUCUUUGAGCAUAGCCCUUCUUCAAAUGGACAUGUAAAUAGCUCACAUCCAUCUGUGAAAACCAUCGUAACCUUGCUUGAGAAGGAAGUUGAGGAAACAGAAUCGAAAUGUGCUGCUCUGAUUUCUGAUAUCGGUGAAUCAGAGACUUCCUCACAACACCUUGAUCGUGUCAAGGAACUUGGUCAGCAAAUUGAAAGUGUUCGUCUGUUAUUGAAGCAGUUGAAGAAUCAAGGUUAGCCUAUUUUGCAUUUAAUUUUAUUUUUUUUGUCAUUCUUUUUUGUACAAGUUACUAAGCACAGGGAGGAAAAUCCGACCCUGUUUGGUAUAAUAUUAGUGAUUCUUUUUUGUACAUAGUCAUAUAUAUAUAUAGAUAACUAUAUACUACAUACGAGUGUAGACAAAAGGCAAAUAAGGAGCAUUCAUUUGACACAAUAAUUUUGUAACUUAAAUGUAAAAUUUUGUAUCUGCAAGCGCGAUAAUGCACUGAAAAAUAUUUCUAUUAAUUCUGUAUUAAUUUUCUAGA